UUUGCCUUUCAGCAAUAUAUUGGCUAUCUAUGACGCGCCGUGACUGGCGAUGAAACUGACGACUUUUCUGAUGUUUACCCCUCAACUUUUUGUGUUUAGUGUUAUUUAAAUCAUCUCACGUCGUCACAUAUUGAUUGUGUGGAAAAAUAGUUGUUCAUUAAUGAAGCGCCAAAGUAGCGCUAUACUAACACUAGAUAUUUACUUCAAAUAGGACCUCAUUGGUUAUUGCGGAAAUUGCGAGCGAACACUUCGCCAUGAUUGAACUGACAGUGAAAACUUUAGAUUCCCAGAACCAUGCAUUUUCCGUGCCAGAUGAUACAACUGUGAAACAGCUGAAGGAACGCAUUGCAGAGUCCAUUAGUUUCCCCGUGGAGUCACAGCGUCUUAUCUACUGUGGUCGCGUAUUGCAAGAUGAUAAAAAUCUGAGUGAAUAUGAUGUGAAUGGAAAGGUGAUCCAUUUAGUUCAACGUCCUCCCCCUCAAGCAACCCGAAAUGGAGGACAGCAGCGUUCUAGUGGAGGACAGCAGGGAAGGCGAGGCAAUCAUCAUUUCCGGCAACCUCGCCUGGAUGGCAACGCAAUGUAUUUGGGGGCCAUGGCAUUCCCAGCUGACCUCAUGGAUGCCCAAGGCAUUCAGGCACCGCCGUCAUCCCACAAUCUGUCCGACAGCCGGAUGUUGCUGGCUAGAAGGAUGUUGCGCAGGGCUUCUGUGGUUUUGAAUCGCUUGGAGAAUCCAACAAUUUCAGAGGCCAGCGACCCAGACUCCCCUCCAGACGAGCAGCAGCAGGACACUGCCAGCUCAGCUGCUAGUGCUGCUGCAGCGGCUGCUGCUGCAGCAGCGACCCAGGCAGCAUCAGCUGCCACUCAGGCUGCAUCUGCUGCAGUGUCUGCUGCCAGUGCAAUUGCUGAGGCAGCCAGCGGGCCUUCAAGUGGCAGUGAAGGGGGAGACCUGCAGAGCCUAGAGGAAGGGCUGCAGCAGGGCUUGCCCUUGGCCCAGGCUGCACAGGCAGCCACAGCAGCUGCCAUUGCAGCUGCCGUUUCAGCGGCUCAUGCUGCAGGAGUGCCCAACAUCACCAUUGUGCGCAGUGGCAGCAGCACUGGGUCCAGCGGUGGUAGUGGGCAGGCAGGCGCAGAUGUGGAUGUGCGAAUGGAAGGGGUAGAUGAGGAAGGUAAUGCAGAUCAAGAGGCGGGUGGUUCUCAGAGCAAUGUGACUGCAGACAGUGUGGAGAGCCCUGCAGGGACAGGAGUGGAAGCCUCAGAAGGGGGUGCAGCUGUUGCCUCUACCUCUGCUUCUACCUCUGCCUCUGCCUCUGCCUCUGCCCCCUCUGCACAGGCUGGCUCGUCAUCUGACGAUGUUCCCAGAACAACUGUUUUGGCAGAUUUAUUAGAUGAACUGAACAGAGUUAACACUAGACUUCAGCCUUUCAUGCAACAAUAUCAUUCUCUAAUGCGUGAUUAUCCAAAUCCUGAGAAUAAUGCUUCUACUCAGGAAUCCCAUAGAGUUUUCUCAUCUGUGUCUGAGAUUAUGCACUUCCUAUCACACGCUUACCAUGCGUUGAGUGAUAUAAUGUGCGACUUCACUCAGCCUCCUCCACGUGCCCUGAGAUGUCGACCUGUUCUGAUUCAGCAUUCAGCAGUGUUGCAGGCUGGAAUUCCUAUCCAGGCACAAAUAAAUGUAAUGACAAACCGCAAUAAUCCUAACAACAACAACAACAUCAGCACUAAUAAUAAUGGCAGCAGUGCCUCAGCACAGGGCCCAUCCCCUUCAGCUGUCCCAGUAGCAGCUUCUGCAGCAUCUGAACCAGAAUCUGUUGAUGUGGCUGCAGAACAAACUUCCAACACAGCAGCCCAAGACAAGCCUGCAUUCAAUAUUACACCAGGAAAUGUUGAAUUUUUCAUGGAAGUUGGACCUGGCAGCAUUACUAUUGACUCACUGGAGGCUACAGUUGUCACCAAUUCAGGCAGUAUUGGUGAUGGGAUCCAAGCCAAUGUUGUUGGAGGCAGCUUUCCCUGGGGUGCUCCUCCACCACCGGAGUUCAUUCAGAACUUAAUGCAAGCAGUCGCUGGCCACAUGAUUGGGCGCGGUGGUAGUGGUGGCAGCGGUGGUGCAGCCGGUGCCUCCACCUCAGCCUCUGCUUCCACCUCACCCUCCUCGUCCUCCUCCACAUCCACGUCUACAUCGGGUGCAGCAGGCAGUGGUGGUGGGGGGCAGAACAGCCAGGCCCGUGGCAACACAGCAACACACCCCACUACAGCAACUCAGACACGCUCCACAGCACGGCCACAUGUACAUUUGGCACCAGCCACCGUGCAGGGUCUGGGUGCCAGCGGUUUUGACCCAUUCUUGCCCUGCAACUCUCACCACAUUCGCUCACGCACGCGCACCAGCCAUACACUCUCUCAUCACCUAGCUGCCUCACCCUCACCCUCCUCCAGCACUACCACUGCCACGACUUCACCCGCACCCACAGCCACAGUGGAAACUGCUGGCCGCUCGCCCUCCUCUAAGAUGCCUCUGCACCUGCCGAUGCAAGCCUUGCUACAUUCCCCAGCUCAGUCCCUGCAACCACAACCAACAACCACAACGCACAAAUCACAUAUCCCAACGCACAAUCACAAUCCCAACCCCAACCACAACCACAACCACAACCACAACCCCAACCCCAUUCCCAACCCCAACAGCCUCAGAGUGUCGCCGGCAUCCUCAACAUGCUCUCCAAUAUCUUUGGCAGUAUGCCUACUGGCGGUGCCGCAGCGACUGUCAACUUAUCAAACCUCUUCCAACCCAUGAUGCCGCAACAGCAGCAGCGCACAAGCACUACCCAGGCCAGUGGCUCCCAGGGAGCCAUGCCUUUCCCUCCUGGCAUGGCCUUCUUCAAUCUUAGCAGUCAGCCACGCUUCACCUCAGCACAGCCGCAGACACAAACACAACCGCAAGCACAGCCCCAACCCCAGUCCCAGUCUCAACCCCAGCCCCAACCCCAAUCCCAGCCCCAGCCUCAGCCCCAAACACAGCCUGAACCACAACUUCAGCCGCAACAGUCUCAGCAGCAGCAACAACAGCAGCAAUCCCAACCCCAACCCGAGUCGUCUUUCUUCCAGCGGUCUGGAAAUCAGUCCCGAGAAGCAUUGAACAGUACCAUGUUGGCUCAGUUAUUUCAGGGAAUGUCUAAUAUAAUGGGCAGUGACCUUUUCAAUUUGGGCAACAUGGAUGGGAAUCUGGCAGAUCUACUCAUGACAGAUGGACAGCAUGGUUAUCGUCCAGGCACAUCAUUAAUCCUGGACUUUUUGAUGACAAUGGGUCGCAAUAUGAGUUUUGCUGAUAUAAUAAACUUGACGUUUGGAAAUGGAGAAUCUCUGAACCGGAUACGUCCACAAAUGCGCCAAUUUUUGUUGGAAACUGCUUUUGAUAAUCAGCCUGUUACAUCUGAAACCACAGCUCGUGUUGUGGAACGAUUUGUUCAGGAAAUCCGGCCACAUUUGCAAAUUAUGCAACAAGUAAGAUUACGGGAAGAUGUAGAUCUGGUUACUACCACAAUUCGCUACAACCAGAUUCGAAUACCAGAACUCAUUUCAUUAAUAGUAGAAGGAAAUGAGGUGAACUUUGGCCAUAACAUGGUGAGAUGGUUCACCAGGUACCUGCGAGAAUUAAGUGCCAUUGUUUUGCAUUGUUGUCUAGAUGGAGAGCAAGGACUUGACAGAAUUCUUCGUGGCUAUGUGGCUGAAGUGACAAGAGGCAUCCAUCCAGCUUUGCAGGUGUGGACUACUGACAGUUUUGUGAGCCACAUGCAAGGUUAUAUGCAGCGUCAAAAUGUUGCAUUUGAUGAAAUUCGAGAAUAUUUAGUUUAUCGAGUACAUCCAGUGCAGACUGACUCUGGACCACAGCAAAGGUCCUUUAGCACCAGCACGCCCUCAAGUAUGAAGACUGACCACUCAUCCACACCAACGCCAGAACCCAUGGAUACAGACCCCAGCCCCGAGGAGGCACCUGCACCCAUCCCUGCUCAGGCAGCACCCGUGACUGUUGAGGCCCAGGGGGCGGUGGCAGCGGUUGCUGAGACAGCAAGCGCAGGUGCAGGUUCCCCCCGUAGUCCCCCGCUUCCACCGUUGAGUGUGGAUGGGGAGCCGCUGCCUGAUGUAGUGCUGGGCUCUGAGGCUUGGCACAAUGUUCUGCCAUCGGAAUGGGUUCCAAUAAUUGCCCGUGACUCUCAGCGCCAGCGGCGUCAGAAUCCUCAGACUCCCUUCAGCGAUGCAUAUUUGUCUGGGAUGCCCUCCAAGAGGCGUAAAGUUGUCACUUCAGCCAAACCACAGGGCAACCUCAACCAGAUAAUCACAGAGAGCAUGCGCUCUGCCCUGGAUGAGGCAGGUGUUCGCCCCGUGGCAGGCGUGGAGACAGCAGGCGAGGACCUGGAGUUGCAGGCAGCAUAUCGUGAGCAGGUGCGCUCAGCUGUGCAGGACUCUCUAAGUAACAAUCCAGAUUUCACCCCGGAGCGAUUCCCCAACGCUACCAAGUACUUCAGCAAGUAGAGAGACGUGCUGUAUGGUUAUACAGCAUAUGAAUAUUCUGAUUAUGUAAUCAUGCUUUAGGUAUUUGAUAUGUCAUUUGAUUUCUCAUUUUAUGUGUUGGCACAGAGAAGGUAAAAGGAAAAAAGUAUGCGUAUAAAAGUAAGAGGAUGUAUGAAUGAGCGAGUGUAUGAGCAAAUGAACAUGUGAAGGAAUGAAAGAUCCUUCUGAUGCUCCUUGAUACUGUACGGUUGAGCCUUUAGCUUCAAAGUAGCCAAUAAAGUGUAUGUACUAAGUUGAGUGAGCAAUUUGUCAUUUCAGCAUUUUCCCCUCUUCCUUUUAGAUUAUUGUAACUUACAGUAUGUUUUGUAUUACUUUCUGUUAAAUGUAUUGUACAUUGGACAAAAUAUUGUAAUUCCAAAAAUCAGUGUAGAGAAACAAGUUUGGGGAUACCAGGACAUCGAGGAAGCAAGAUAAAAUUGUUGGUCUUCAUCACUGAACAUCAUUCCUUCCUGUAGUUUUUCUUUCCUGAUAUCGCUCUUCCUUUCUUGUUUUCUUUCAAAGUGAUUUUCUACUAAUUUAGCAUAGCACAAGCCAAGUAAGUGAGGCAUAUUAUUUGUAGAAAGUGACAGUUGUGCAAUUGGAACGGCUAAUAAUUGUUAGAAUAAUAAAUUAUCCCAAGAGUUAUCUUGAGUCAUUUUUAUGUACCGAGUGAUCAUUUCAGAUGGCGAAAAGAUGUCUUCCUCAAAUGAACAAAUUAUUUUUAUGUUAUUUCGCUGAGAAACAAUUGUUACAACACAGCAGUUUCUUGACAUUUCACUUCUGUAAUGUCUAAUGUUUGUGUUUAAAGUUAGACCUCUGAAGGUAGUUUUAAGAAUUGACCCAAAAAAAUCUAUUGUUGGGGGGGAUGCAAAUGACAAAUAAAAAUUGGUAUAAAGAAGCUAUGUGAAUUGGUAUGUAAACUUAAGCUUUCACAGCUUGAGUCAUUGGUCGCUGCCCUGAGUAAGCCUGGGCAUGACAGGUGAAACAUCAGUCUCUCAG